ACGUCUCGUCUGACGGAGCCAUUCGUUUGUAUACUAUCCCCACGUCGCGAUGGAAUUAUUUUCGUUCUUAUUUUCGUCGCCCUUUGGAUUGUUACUGACCACUCUGAUUAUCAUCGGUGUUUUUAAAUUUGUCGCAUUGGUGCAUCAUGGAUACUUUUACUGGAGAGGUAAAGGUGUUCCUUAUCUGCCUGAUUCAUUAUGGUCUCUUAUAAUGGGUUGGAAAUUACUUCUGCGCCGUUUAAGUAUUGUCGACCAUAGUCUUUUUUUAUACAAUUACUUCCCGGACGCUAAGUAUCUUGGAAUGAUGGAAUUUGCUACACCUGCCGUGCUUCUGCGCGAUCCUGAACUGAUUAAAGAUGUGUUGGUGAAGGACUUUGAAAUGUUCCACGAUCAUCGCAGCUUCGUGGACGAAAGUCUGGACCCGCUAUUCAGUAAGAACAUCUUCUCCUUACGCGGAGAUCGUUGGAGGGAAAUGAGAAACACGUUAAGUCCCUCUUUCACUGCUAGCAAGAUGAAGAGUAUGUUCGAUUUAGUAUCAAAAUGUUCUCGUGAAUUCGUCAAUUACCUGGUCGAUCAUCCGGAACUCUAUAAUGCGAUUGAGACGAAGCAGAUCUUCAGACGGUACACUACUGAUGUAAUCGCCACAACGGCUUUUGGCAUAAGCGUAAAUUCUAUGAAAAAUCAAGAUAACGAGUUCUAUAUGAGGGGAAUAGAGACCAGCAAGGCUUUUACCGGAUUCUUAACUAUGUUCAAGUUCAUGUUUAUGCGUAUAUUUCCGCGUUUUGCCAAGUUGCUCGGUAUGACGGUAUUCAGCUCAACGUCUACGGCCGAGUUUUUCAAGAGGAUUGUUGGAGAGACUAUAAAAAUUCGAGAUGAGCAAGGUAUCGUCAGGCCGGAUAUGAUUCACUUAUUAAUGCAGGCUCGGGAUAAGAACGGUCCUAGCGUCCAUAAAAUGACAUUAGAUGACAUCGUUUCGCAAGUCUUCAUCUUUUUCUUAGCCGGUUUUGAAACAUCCUCGACACUGAUGUGUUUUGUCGCUCACGAGCUGGCGGUUAAUCGAAACAUUCAAGAUCGCGUGCGCGAGGAAGUGCAGCAGCAUCUUGCCGAAAAUAAUGAGGUUUCGUACGAAUCGCUAUCGAAGAUGACUUAUAUGGACAUGGUGAUUAACGAGACGCUCCGAAAAUAUCCACCAUCGGCUGUUACCGAUAGACUUUGCACUACGAAUUACGAGCUGCCUCCGGCGCAGCCGGGUUGCAAGAGCGUAAUCGUCGAAUCUGGUAGUGUAAUGGUAAUAUCCAUUUAUGGUUUACAUCGUGAUCCCAAAUACUUUCCGAAUCCGGACAAGUUUGAUCCCGAAAGAUUCAGCGAAGAAAACAAAGACAAUAUUGUUCCGUAUACUUACUUACCUUUUGGACAUGGGCCUAGAAAAUGUAUUGGUAAUCGAUUUGCUCUCAUGGAGACCAAGAUUCUGAUAGCUACAAAGAAACGAUACCGAGAAAGGCGUUUCCUCUUCUCCCCUCUUCGUUUCUAUCACGAUAAGAUUCGCGCUUAUAACCGUCCGUAUGUUUUACGUCUCGUACGACGGAGCCAUUUGUUUGUACGCUGUCGUCACGUCGCGAUGGAAUUAUUUUCGUUCUUAUUUUCGUCGCCCUUCGGGUUGUUACUGACCACUCUGAUUAUCAUUGGCAUCUUGAAAUUUGUUGCAUUGAUAUAUCAUGCAUACUUUUACUGGAGAGGUAAAGGUGUUCCUUAUCUGCCCGAUUCAUUACGGUCUUUCGUAAUGGGUUGGAAAGUAUUUCUGCGCCGUCUGAGUAUCGUCGACCAUGGUUCUUUUUUGUACAAUUACUUCCCAGACGCUAAGUAUUGUGGAAUGAUGGAAUUUGCCACACCUGCCGUGCUUCUGCGCGAUCCUGAACUGAUCAAGGAUAUGUUGGUGAAGGAUUUUGAAAUUUUCCACGAUCAUCGCAGCUUCGUGGACGACAGUCUGGAGCCGCUAUUCAGUAAGAAUAUCUUCUCUUUACGCGGAGAUCGUUGGAGGGAAAUGAGAAACACGUUGAGUCCCUCUUUCACCGCUAGCAAAAUGAAGAUUAUGUUUGAUUUAGUAUCAAAAUGUUCUCGUGAAUUCGUCAAUUACCUGGUCGAUCAUCCGGAACUCUAUAAUGCGAUUGAGACGAAGCAGAUCUUCAGACGGUACACUACUGAUGUAAUCGCCACAACGGCUUUUGGCAUAAGCGUAAAUUCUAUGAAAGAUCAAGAUAACGAGUUCUAUAUGAGGGGAAUAGAGACCAGCAAGGCUUUCACCGGAUUCUUAACUAUGUUCAAGUUCAUGUUUAUGCGUAUAUUUCCGCGUUUUGCCAAGUUGCUCGGUAUGACGGUAUUCAGCUCAACGUCUACGGCCGAGUUUUUCAAGAGGAUUGUUGGAGAGACUAUAAAAAUUCGAGAUGAGCAAGGUAUCGUCAGGCCGGAUAUGAUUCACUUAUUAAUGCAGGCUCGGGAUAAGAACGGUCCCAGCGUUCAUAAAAUGACAUUAGAUGACAUCGUUUCGCAAGCUUUCAUCUUUUUCUUAGCCGGUUUUGAAACAUCCUCGACGUUGAUGUGUUUUGUCGCUCACGAGUUGGCGGUUAAUCAAGACAUUCAAGAUCGCUUGCACAAGGAGGUGCAGCAGCAUGUCACCGAAAAUAACGAGAUCUCUUACGAAUCGCUGUCGAAGAUGACUUAUAUGGAUAUGGUGAUUAACGAGACACUCCGAAAGUAUCCACCAGCGAUUUUUACCGAUAGACUUUGCAAUAAGAAUUACGAGCUGCCUCCGUCGCAGCCGGGUUGCAAGAGCGUAAUCGUUGAAUCUGGUAGCGUAAUGAUGAUAUCUGUUUAUGGUUUACAUCGUGAUUCCAAAUACUUUCCGAAUCCGGACAAGUUUGAUCCCGAAAGAUUCAGCGAAGAAAACAAAGAUAACAUUUUUCCGUAUACUUACUUACCUUUUGGUCACGGGCCUAGAAAAUGUAUUGGCAAUCGAUUUGCUUUCAUGGAGACCAAGAUUCUGAUAGCUCAUCUUUUACAAAAAUUUAUCCUGAAGAGAACGGAAAAAACUGUCGAGCCUGUUAUAUACGAUAAGAAGGAUUUCAACCUGACACCUGAAGGCGGAUUCUGGAUCAGUUUGGAGAAAAGAGAAACUUUCUGAAAAAGUUUGGAGUCUAGGAUCUAUCUACGAUUCAUCAUCAUUGUGCCAUUUGAAUAUUAUAUAAAUUUAAUAUUAUAUAUUUUAUUGUUCUAUCUUUAUUGCGUUAUUAAAUUAUUGCUGGUAUAGAAUGAUAAAGUGGAAUAUUAUGAUGAGCACUGUGUGUCGUGACCUUGUAAGCCUUCGACUCUACUUAUUCAUAUUGAUGGUUUUUAACGACUUACGUAACUCGUAUUUGUAUCAAGCAAAUAGCAUGGUAGAGACGUUCUAGUAGAGAUGUUCAUUCUUUAUAUAAGAAGACAUCUUUUAUCACUGCACAAAUAUAUUUUGUAUUUUAUUAGUUUCAAGAAAUUUUUUUGGUUUUUCUUUUCUUAUAUAAAUUCAGAUCAUGUCUUUUGUAAUUUGUAAAAUUAAACAUUUUAUUUGACAUUUUCUGAAAUUGAUAUGACUAAUAUAGUUAAUAGCUUUCGGGAUGUCUUUAGAAACAUUGUAAAAAAUGUACUUUUUUAGAUGAUAUUUUUUAUAAUCAAAAUUUCUAAAGUGCAAUAAAAUCGAAAAAUCACUAUUUUUACGAAAU